AUGCUAUUCAAACAGCAGGCAUUGCUGAGACAGAAGCUCUUCGUUCUGGGCAGCCUUGCUAUCGGAAGUGUCCUCUAUCUCGUGGCCAGGGUUGGGACCUUGGAUAGGCUACAGCCCAUUUGCCCCAUUGAGAGCAGAGUGCCCCCUCCUGAGCCAGAGCAAAUUCCUCUCCGCACCCUGCAGUUUAAGCGUGGCCUGCUCCAUGAACUACGCAAGGGCAAUGCCACGAAGGAGCAAAUACGCCUGCACAACCUGGUCCAGCAGCUGCCCCGGGCCAUCAUCAUUGGGGUGCGCAAGGGGGGCACCCGCGCCCUGCUGGAGAUGCUCAACCUGCACCCUGCCGUGGUCAAGGCCUCGCAGGAGAUCCACUUCUUUGAUAAUGACCAAAACUACGCCCGGGGCAUCGACUGGUACAGGGAGAAAAUGCCCUUCUCCUUCCCUCAUCAGAUCACCAUUGAGAAGAGCCCUGCCUACUUCAUCACAGAGGAGGUCCCUGAACGCAUCUUCAAGAUGAACUCCUCCAUCAAGCUGCUGAUCAUCGUGCGUGAGCCCACCACCCGAGCCGUGUCCGACUACACGCAAGUGCUGGAGGGCAAGGAGCGCAAAAACAAGACCUACCACAAGUUUGAGAAGCUGGCCAUUGACUCCAACACCUGUGAGGUGAACACAAAGUACAAAGCGGUGCGGACCAGCAUCUACACCAAACACUUGGAGCGCUGGCUGAAGUACUUUCCCGUGGAGCAGUUCCACAUCGUGGACGGGGACCGCCUCAUCGCCGACCCGCUGCCGGAGCUACAGCUCGUCGAGCGCUUCCUCAACCUUCCCUCGAGAAUCAGCCAGUACAACCUGUACUUCAACGCCACCAGGGGAUUUUACUGUCUGCGAUUUAACAUUGUCUUCAACAAGUGCCUGGCAGGCAGCAAGGGCCGCAUCCAUCCUGACGUGGACCCGUUGGUGGUGACUAAAUUGCAGAGGUUCUUUCACCCCUUCAAUCAGAAGUUUUACCAGAUCACAGGCAGGACAUUCAACUGGCCAUGA